GUUGUACCCUUCUUUGUCCCGGUUCCCCUCCAUCGAUGAAACGAGGGUAGUCGUAGUCUUGACCCGGCUUUUCAGUGCUGAUGAUGAAUAUGUCGCGUUUUCUGUGGUUGAAGUGCUCAAAGAUAUUGUGCUAAAAGCGAUUAAUGAACGUAUUCACUCGCGAACUCGCUGUCACACUCGCGAUCGAAAUCUCUCUCUUUGUUGUUCAUUCCCCAAAUGUUUCCCAGAAUGUUGUGAGGGCUUCCAAUCAUGUCCGCAGUUGUUACAAAAGACGUUGAAUUAGAAAAUAUUCUGCAGCACAUAUUUAUGGAAUGCGACGUAUCUAUGUCGACGCCGGAUUUAACGCUAUCGAUAGGCGACGGGCUGCAGAUCUCCAAGAUCAUCAGCUAUAUCCAGGAACAAUUGCCGACCUGGUCAAUUGACAAUCUGGCGGAGUUGUGGAAGUGUUUGGAAACCGUUUCGAUGAACGACCAUGUAAAUUUGCAACAAUUCAAGGAAGCGACAAAAUGCUGGAUCGCCAACUUGCGGCAGAUUCAGCCUUUGCAGGACAGUAAUAAUAAUACGCAGGAAAAAAUCUACAUCGUGAACGACGCGGACACGUCAAUGAAAACUAUGGACACGAAUAAGGACAUCGUGGAUUUUGAGCUCCGUGUAAAAUUUCGGGAACUCCAGGAGGAGAAUAUUUUCCUUCACGACGAGCUUGAACGGCACGAAGCGUCAGUCAACAAUGCCAGACAGCAACACAGCAUUAUCGAAAAACAGUUAGAUCGUUACGUUCAGAAGUGUCAGCAACUCGAGAAAGAGAACGACGAGCAGAGAGAGCAAUUGAACGAGGCGAUUAAGAACGAAAAGACUAUGACUUUGACUCUUCAGAAAUCUACGAAAGAAUACCAGACUUUAAUGAAACAAUUAGAAGCCAUCGAGAUUGAGGUACAAGCUAUACCAUCUUUAAAAGAAAAAGUGGAAAAAAUUAGUAAGGAAAAAACGAAUUGCUUGAGACAAAUUGUCAAACUACAAGAAAAAUUUGACGAAAAGGAAAAUGAGUGCAACGAGUUAAAAGUUACAAUGACCGAAUUGGAGAGUACAAACAUUAGCAUGAGGGAAACUUAUGAAUACAAAAUUCGUAAUCUGCGCGAAAGGAAUCGUCAGCUUACGGAAGAAAACACGGAACUCCAAUCGAUUUCGGUUCUUAAUGGAUACAAUUCUGGUGAAAGAUUGUCGAUGUCGCCAAUUUUCGACAUGGAUAGACGCUGUACGCAUAGCACGCCUUACAAAUCGGAAAAAGUGCCGCUACAAAAUUCAUUGUACGCGGAAUUAAAAGCUUCAGGUUUUGCAGCCGAAUGUAGCAGGUACGAGUCGUGCAAACUAGAUCUUGAAGAAGAACUGGAUGAAUACGAUGCAGUAAUUUCCACGAUAUCGGAACAGAUAGAAAAAGUGGUACAGACUCUUAUCGCGAUGCGAGGCUCUACUUAUGACGUACUCCAGUUCAACCCGCAAGAUAUGAGCGCAAGAGCCUACAAUAUCGAAGCAUUGAAACACAAAGUAGCUUUUUUGCUGAAUAUGACGACCGAAGAGAUCACGAAAAAGAAUACCAAAGAAUCGAGCACGCAGCUUCGAGCCGAUUCGAUGAAUACGACCGAAGAUUUGGGCCAAUAUGGUGUCACGAGUUUCCAGGACCUGUUUCUGACACGCGCCCAACUGUAUCCAAAGCCGGGGACGAAUCUAUGGCCAAUAACUCCGCAAUGCGUGAAUGAGGACAAAGAUGAUAAUGAUUCUCCGCACGACGAUGUAUUUUUGAAAGUUAUAAGAACGUAUCCAAGCAUCAAAAGUCAAGCCCACAUCAUCAGUCCCAUCGUCGAAGAGUUACACGACAUUAUCGAGAGCACUUUGAACACGCUUGCCAAAGAUCAUUCGUCGUCAUCUGCAAGUUCAAGAUAUCGAUCGAUACAUACAUUAUCAUCGAGUCCGCAAUCGCAGCAGUCAUCUCCGCUGAACAGGAAAGACUCGGAGCGACAGACAUCUGAUUGUCAAAGUUCAAGAGCAAAUUCUCCCGAUGUUUCGUUCGCGCAGGGUGACGGUUUAACGCAAGGAAGCAGCGACAAAAAAUCCGCGUUGACUUUAGAGCCACGCAUUUCAUCUGAGAAGGAUUUCGUCCAUCCUGAGGGAAAUCAGUCGAGUGAAAUGUCGCAGGUAAGCGACCUGCAAGUGAAUUCGAAGAUUGCGUCGGAGGAGGAAACGAGUGCCAAGAGCGUCCAAACACCGGAAGCGAGCGGCGUGAACAAUCCGACGAGCCCCCGUAGAAAGAUCUCUGUUUAUUGCCGUUCGUUCGACUUGAUGCAAGAUCCGCGCGACGAUCAAGAGUCUGUCCUGAAAAUGAGACAGUCGUCCUGCGAUCAGCCCGCUGAAAUCAACGAGAGGCACGAUAUUCGAGACGACAACGUCGAGAGUGGCGCGUUCAAGUAUUCGUUCAAUCAGAAUUACCGCAAUAUAAAGAACGACAGCGAUUCCUCGACCAAUUCCACGCCGCAGAAACAAUCUCGGGACAGUCUGUUGGAGGAUGAACCGUCGAUUGGUCAGUCGGUUAGAAAAGUCUGUUUGGCGCCCACGCGCUUGAAAUUUCCACAAAAAGUUAAAAGCGAGCUGAACGAAGUCGCCGAGGUUUCCGACUGCGCUCCGUCCGCUGCAGGUUUCCCCGAAUUGGCGAUUUCGAGCUCUCCUCUGUCUUCCAUCGUUGACCGCGGACGCGGGAGAGAUGACGCUGCCGUACAUUCAUCUUCAAUUAUUAUAGACGAGCGCGAAGUAGAAGUGAUGUUCAAGCCGAAAUUCCCGAACGGGAAUAUUUCCCAGAAAUACCCAACGUCAGCUCGUCGCUUGAUUCUACACAAUCAUCCCAGUGCGAAUAUCGCGGAUUCUGAGAAUCCCCACUCUCAAGCGAAUGCACGGAGAGUCAACGGCAAGAAGCGAGUCGAGCGAUCAGUCGAUAGCCAAAUGUCGAGUCGCGAGGAGAGUUCGGCCGGUUCGGACAGCGAAUGCGAGCCGGCGGCAGGGUCCAGUGAUCAAUGUAUCGGCGAGAAAGUCGCGAACAACGCCGAUAGAGCAGUCAGUGCCGUAUCGCGCACAUCGGCGAGCGAUUCGGCUUCUACAAAGGUGGUGCCAUGCAGGAAUGCGCAGAACGACGGAAAAUCGUGCGGCAGGGACCUGUUGAACGUGAAGCAAGGGAGACGACAGCGACUCUUGAUGACCAGGAGAGCAAUUUCGGAGGGUGAAAGUAGCGACCGAUCGGAGUGCCGUUGCAAGCAGAAUGGAAAACUCCAGAGUGCACCUUCGGACCAAACCAGAGUCUUCCCGAGUCUCACGGACAGUCGUCUGCACGAAUCCGGGAUAGCCAACCUGUCGGAAACGGACUUGGACGUCAAGGAGAACCUGAGCGAGUUCGAACUGCAGAAGAGGUACAUAGCGUUCUCGCUGUGCCUCUGCACAGAUAGGGUGACUCUGCCGCAGAGGGUGUCGAUGUCGCUUCGGCAGCGCAAUCAAACGGAGAAGAAUCUCGUCUGCGAGGUGCAGAGAAUGCAGCAGGCUAUUCAGGAACUUGCGCCACUAUGCACGGACAGGGAAUCCGUGGAGCGGGUGGAGCGGGUCAGGCAUCAGUUGGACAUGAUCGCGCGGUGCGCGCACAGAGUGUCCUGCGCGGCCGAGACUUUAGGCGCUGUGCACCAGGAACGUAGGGUUUCCCGCGCCGUUUUGCUGGCCGACAGGUACCUCCAGAUUCUGCACUCUCGAUGCGAAAAGCUGGCCGCCAACGUCGCUGAGACGAAACGGAUCCUGGUAGAAAACAAUAUCGUGAUAGAGGAGAAUUCCGGUGAGCUCGGCGAUGAUCUGCCUCGCAUCAGAUGCAGGAGCGGCACAUCCGCCAAUAAUCGUAUAAUGAUUGCUAGGAGGAGAGCUAGCGUAGCCACAAUGUCUCGACCGCUCGGCAACGCACAGGACAUGUCAAAGGAUACCGCGAGGCAACGAAAUUCCGUUUCCGGACGCAUGACUCUCAGGAGACCGUCUGUCAGUUCCGAAUCUCCGAAGUGGGAAAAUGAGAAACUGGAUCGUACCGAUAGUUCUAACAGCAUCGGCGAAUUACGAGGUAUCUUCGAGCAGGCCGAAUCUCGGCGUAGCUCGAGGGAGGAAAAUAACAACAUGCGACUGAAUCACUCCAAUAGCCAAAAUAUAAUAAAUUGCCCGAUCGUUGAUGACGAAAUUUGGACGAAUGCUAAGCAGGAAGCUUCUCCCGUAGUUCUCCCCGUCAACAAAGACACCAAUCCGAACUAUAGAUUAUGCACAACAUUGUCGCAACCUCUCCGAUUAAGAAGCGUACCAUGGCGUACAAUGUUGUGGGGUUUUCUAUUUUUCUUCCUCGGCUUUUUCGUGAAUCAAGGAAUAUCGAUGAUGAACACUUGCAACGGCCCGUUAAGUAGAUGGCCCAUCGAACAGAUUUUUAGCAAUUACGUUCAGAUAAGAAACGCGGCGCCUCAUCCGAUGUGAUUUUCACAAUCUCUCUGCGCGGUUUCUGACUAAUAAAAUAAGUAAUAGAACUAAGUAUAUACAUACUGUAACAUAACGCUGAAAAAGGUGAACAAAAUAAUUGCAAGUGCGUCCACAUUCCAACGAGGUCGUACUGUAGCUGCGAAUACAAUAAUUGCGUCAAAAGGCUUUUGAGAUAUUAAUGUACGAGAAAAGUGUAUUUAUUUCGAUGUAUAGUGUAAAGAAAAAUUCACAUAAUUUCUCUAUUCCGUCAUUAUAAUUCUCGACACAACUACAGUGAGAAAUCAGAAGCGUUUAAAAAACUUUAGUUGAGGCAAUAAAUUAUAUUUAUAUAAAACAGUAGAGAUUAAUAUGUUUGUAUAAUAUCUAUGUAACUUUGUCAAGACAUUUUGAGAUAUUUAAAUUAUAAAAUUUGUUUUAAAUUUAAAAGUACAUAUUUAGAAACGUUAUAU